AUGUCGUACCGUGAAAUGCGUACGUUUACCGAGAUGAUGCGGUCACUUGGAUUCCCACGCUUGAUAUCGAUGGAGAAUUUUCGUCAACCGAAUUUCCCAUUGGUUGCAGAAAUUUUAGCGUGGCUUGUAUUGCGCUACGAUUCACAUGCAGAUAUACCUCAGUGUUUGGACACAGAGCAAGAUCGAGUGCUGUUCGUGAAGAUGAUUGCACAUUUUAUGGUUACCAGGGCAUGCAUUCGACUGAAUACAAAGAAACUUUAUCAGGCCAAUGGAUUUGCUGUGAAGGAACUUUUGAAAAUCGCAAAAAUACUCUAUUCAGCAAUGUGUGAGAACAGGACAAAGUUGGAUUCUGAUAAGUGCAUAAGACAAGACAAAAGUUCCUCAAGAAUGUUCUGUUGCACAAACGGAAGGCAACUAGCAUUAUCCGGUCAGUUGGCCUCUUGUGGGGCCUCAUUGCAUGCUCUGAUUGGUCGAGAGGUCGAUUUGCGAGAGGCCCGUGAUCGCGCUAUACGUCGACAACUGGACAGUGAAUGGGUAGAAAGGUGCGUCGCAAAUGCUCGAGAUGAACUGAAAGGAAUGAUUGAGAAAACAGAAACUUCUCUGGUUAACGUAGCGGCGGACGAGACCAAUUUAGACGAGAAAAUAGAGAAGAAACGCAAUGAACUGGAGAGAAACCGGAAACGUCUUUCAACACUGCAAUCGGUUCGUCCAGCCUACAUGGAGGAAUAUGAGCAAUUAGAAGAGGAGCUUGGUUCGUGGUAUUCGUUCUAUCUUACACGAUUUCGAAAUCUGGCUUACUUGGAAAAUCAGUACGAGGAGCUGACACGCAGCGGAGCACUUGGCCAAAGCGAAGAGGGGGAUGCCACUUUGAGAGCUAUAGAGGAACAGCUCAAGUACUCUGGUGUAUGUCAAACACGCACUUCUGCUCCAUUUCUAAGUGACCGCUUUUAUUGUUCUUUCAGGCAUAAAAUUCAGCAUAAACAGCAGCGUUCGGUGGUAUCAUCGGGAAGGUGCGGAUUUUCUUAUUUACACUUCAUUACCCAAUACCACAUUGUUCGGUUCCAGUUUAGUUGCCCAUCAUCCUUUGCUGAUCUCCAAAUGCGAGCCACGAUGGUCGUUGUGUGA